AUGACUCUUAGAUGUAUUGAAAGUGCAAAAGGGCUAUUCCUUGUAAGCAAUACUUUCUAUGAACUAGAAAUUCCAAUUCACAAUUCCUUUGCAAAAGAAGAUCAAGUCUAUUCUAUAGGUCCCUUGAUCCCUUCAGACUUUCUCGACACCGAUUGUGAAAGGUUUGAGAAUAAAAUUAGCACAGGCUUCUGGACAGAAGAAGUGGAGUGCCUGUCGUGGCUAGACAAACAGCAUCCGAAGUCUGUGAUAAAUAUUGCAUUCGGAAGCGUAGCUAUUUUGAACAAAAAACAGUUGGAGGAGUUUGCGCUGGGAUUGGAGGCUACUCAGAGACCAUUUCUGUGGGUUCUGCGGUGUGAUCUACUGAAUGGAGAGCCUGCAGUGCUGCCUUCAGGAUUCAUGGAACGCACAAAACAUCUUGGCUGCUUUGUGUCGUGGUCUCCACAGCUGACAGUCUUGUCCCACCCUUCUAUAGCCUGCUUCGUCACGCACUGCGGAUGGAAUUCAACUCUUGAGAGUAUCACCAUGGGUGUUCCAAUGAUCUGUUGGCCUUAUUUUGCAGACCAGUUUAUAGACAGAUCUUUCGUUGUAGAUGAGUGGAGAGUUGGGCUGGCUUUGAAUGCAAACAAGAAAGGGAUUAUAGAGAAAGAUGAGGUCCAGGAGACGAUUGAGAGAUUAUUAGAUGGUAAAGAAGGUGCUGAGAUUAGGGAAAGAAUGAGUACGCUCAAGAAUAUGGCAAGAAAUGUUGUGAGAGAAGGGGGGUCGUCUAAUAUCAACUUCAGAAAGUUUGUAAACGCCAUGAAAACCACUUGA